AUGAUCAGUUGUGGACAUCCAGAGUUUAGAUAUCUAGAGGUUAUAGAUCCAGAGUUUGGACAUCUAGAGUUUGGAGAUCCAGAGUUUGGAAAUCUAGAGGUUAUAGAUCCAGAGUUUAGACAUCUAAAGGUUAUAGAUCCAGAGUUUAGACAUCUAGAGGUUAUAGAUCCAGAGUUUGGACAUCGAGAGUUUGUAGAUCCAGAGUUUGGACAUUUAGAGGUUAUAGAUCCAGAGUUUGGACAUCUAGAGUUUCUAGAUCCAGAGUUUGGACACCUAGAGGCUAGAUAUCCAGAGUUUGGACAUCUAGAGGUUAUAGAUCCAGCGUUUGGACAUCAAGAGUUUGUAGAUCCAGCGUUUGGACAUCUAGAGGCUGGAGAACCAGAGUUUGGCCAUCUAGGGGUUAUAGAUCCAGAGUUUGAACAUCUAGAGGUUAUAGAUCCAGAGUUUGGAUAUCUGGAGUUUGGAGAACCAGAGUUUGGACAUCUAGGGGUUGUAGAUCCAGAGUUUGGACAUCUAGAGGUUAUUGAUCCAGUGUUUGGACAUGUAGAGGUUAUAGAUCCAGAGUUUGGACAUCUAGAGGUUAUAGAUCCAGCCUCUUUUAAAAAUCUACAUUCCCCUUCGUCAAAAACUGAUUUUUUUGCAUGCUAUUCCCCUGCACCAGGAUCAUCAAACAUCCGAGGUGUUGAAUAUAGAAGACAACCAGUACGAGCUAAUGGUAAAGUUUGGGGUGAUUUACCAGUUGGCAGUGAUAAGACACCAGUGUAA